CAAAUUAAAAUAUAUUUGUGAAAUUUCAAAGUUUUGUAUAAAACCUUUUUCAUCAAUAUAUUGUUGUUUAUCAUUGUGUAUCAUUUAGUCAACAUGAUAAUAACAAAAGUUAUUGUUGUACUUCUUGUACAUUAUACAGUUGUGAACUCUCAGCCAGUUGGUGAUAGUAAUUUGGACAGAACUGCUCCUCAGAUGAUAUCCGAUGAAGGCUACCCUGUAGAAACCCAUUAUGUCACAACCCCUGAUGGAUAUAACUUGUGUAUGCAUAGGAUUCCUACAGGAAAAGAUGGAAAAACAAAUAACAAGGUUGUUUUUCUACAACACGGCCUUUUGACGUCUUCCGCAGAUUGGGUACUCUUUGGACCUCAACAUUCUCUUGGUUACAUUUUUGCUGAUGAAGGAUACGACGUCUGGAUGGGAAACGCAAGAGGAAACUUUUAUUCUAGGAACCAUACCAAGUACAAUCCAGAUAAAGAUGGCCACUUUUGGCAAUUCAGCUGGAAUGAAAUCGGUGAAAUAGACUUACCUACUAUGAUAGAUUACGUUCUGGGUGUUACCGGUGUAGAUGGAGUAUACUACGCUGGCCACUCCCAAGGUACCACUAGCUUCUUCGUAAUGGCUUCUCAAAAACCGGAAUAUAACAGUAAGAUUAAAGUACAAGCUAGCUUAGCUCCUAUAGCUUACAUGAAACAUUUGACUAGUCCUCUGUUGCGAAUGGUAUCUUUCUGGGAAGGAGCGAUAGAAGUUUUAAUAAAAUUAAUAGGAGCUAAUGAAUUCUUACCAGGUUCUGGAUUUUUACACUUGGUCACCGAAGAAAUGUGCUCAAUUGGAUUAGGACCAAUACUAUGCGAAAAUGUGUUAUUUGUUCUAUGUGGAUUCAGUAAUAGUGAGAUGAAUAUGACCAGAGUUCCUCUUAUUAUGCAUCACACUCCAGCAGGAUCUGCUACGAAACAGCUUCUACAUUACGCUCAAGAAAUCGACAGUGGCCAUUUUAGAAAAUAUGAUUUCGGAUUGUUUGGAAAUCUUGAACGAUAUAAAUCAGUUUUUCCUCCGAAUUACGAUCUAAGCAAGGUUACUGCUCCGGUGUUUUUGUUCUACAGUAGAAACGAUUGGAUGGCUGGUAUACAGGAUGUCGACAGGUUAUGCAAGGAGCUCAGCAAUUGUCAAGGAAAACUAUUGGUUACUGAAGAUACAUUUAAUCAUUUAGAUUUUACUUACGGCAAUAAUGCUCCAAAAUUAGUGUAUAGAAAUGUUGUUAGCGUUUUUAACAAGUUUUGAUUGUCUUUGUUUAAUGUUUUGAAUAAAAAAUAUAGAUAAAUUUAUAUCAUAAAAUACUUUUUGUAAAAAACGAAUGAUGUCUUUUAAUAAAAAAAUUAAUCUUGCG